AUGGCCCCACUGCCCAGCUGGGUCAUCACCAUACUUUUGCUGUUCUGUGUGCACAAUAUAAUAGGUACUGUGAAUUGCCUAAAGUGUGAAGAUAAUCACAAGUGCAAAAACGCCUGUUUCGUUUUGGACGAUAAUAAACAGGUAUGCUUGUGUAAUCCUAAUGAGAAGGGGGUCCAUUGCACGAAGAAAUGGAACAUGUGCGACCAGGACUGUAACAUUCGAGGAACGGACGAAUCAUGCUCUAUUGCCUUGUGCAGAAGGGGAAAAUGCAUACCCAUUGAUAAGAAACCCUAUUACACAUGUGAUUGCGGAGAUUUAUACACGGGGAAGAAUUGCGAAAUUGAAAAUAAUCCUUGCUCAUCACCAGAAACGAAUCCUUGCCUGAACGGUACAUGUCUUUUUAUCAUUAAACUGAACAGAGUUAUUUGUAAAUGCCACAAUGGAUGGACGCAAAAGGAUAAACAAAGUUCUUCCAUGCUUAAUUGGGGAAAUGAAAAGAUCGAGGUGCCUCCCCCCUGCGAUGUACCAAUAACAAGGGGGCUCACCAAGUACGUGGUCUACCACACACCGGUGGCGUACGCCAUGUGGUGGAUAAUCUACGUGAUCAGCGUCCUGGUGUUAUUCCUCUGCUGCUGCAACGUGUGCCUGGACUUCUUCUCCAACUCCCUCUUGAGCUAUUUUACGUUAUUCGGCGGGAAGAAAAAGGACUGA